UGUUACGAACCUUGUGAGCACUUCGUAGUCCCUCCAGGAUUUGCGACGUUCUUAACAACAUGUGCAUGCCGCUGUGGUACCAUAGUGCCAGAAGUCGCCAGAUUCUACGACACUCAUGACCAAUAUCUGCCCAACACACCACGAUUCACACUUUCGCUGGACGUAGCCCACUGAUGCGAACGGAGGCGGCACCAUGGAGAAGGAAGCAACCGUCUACCUUGUAGACGUGGCCCGGUCCAUGGGGAAAAAGCACUCACACCGCCAACAGAGCGAUUUGGACUGGGCUCUCAAGUAUUUCUGGGACAAAAUAACCGACAUUGUUGCAACAGGGAGGAAGACGCUGCAAGUAGGGAUCGUCGGGCUUGGAACAGAUGGCACAUCAAACGACAUGCAAGAAGAGGACAGCUACAGACAUAUCAGCGUCCUUCAACCCAUUGCACAAAUCCUCAUGCCCGAGUUACGCUCACUCCCCAAGUUGCUGCAGCCCAGUAAGACCGACGACCGAGAUGUCCUCUCGGGCAUCAUCAUCGCUGUCGACAUGAUAAUGAAACACUGCAGACACCUCAAGUACAAGAAGAGACUCGUGGUAAUCACCAAUGCGACAGGUCAUAUCGAUGCCGACGACAUUGAAAGCACUGCCGAGCAAUUCAAAAACAAUGGGAUCGAGCUGGUCAUUUUGGGCAUCGACUUUGAUGAUCCUGAAUAUGGGUUUAAAGAGGAAGACAAACUGGAAAUGAAGAUGGACAACGAGCGAACACUGAAGAAGCUGGUGGACCUAUGUGAUGGAGUGUUUGGGACGAUGCAGGAAGCCAUCGACGAACUGGCGCGACCUCGCAUCAAAUCUGUGCGACCGACUCCCACGUACCGAGGUCAACUGAGACUCGGGGAUCCAGAGACCUACGAUACUGCGUUGUGUAUCGAUGUUGAGCGGUAUAUGAAGACUCAAAUUAGAAGGCCACCCACGGCGAGCGCAUACGUUGUCCGCGAACAAGCGGGUGACGACGACCAAGCCCUUCAAACGGUACACAAUAUAUACAAGUACACCGUUAAUAAUGAAGAGAAAGAUGGAGAUCUAAAGGAGAUCAAGCGCGAAGAACUGGCCAAAGGGUACGAAUACGGACGCACAGCCGUCGCAAUUUCAGAGUCGGAACAGAACAUCACCAAACUCGAGACUUACACAGCGUACGAUAUCCUCGGUUUUAUACCGGUGGAAAACGUUGAACGGUACAUGCUUCUUGACAAUACCAACAUGAUUGUUGCUCAGAAAGGCAACGACAAAGCAGCCUACGCCCUCUCCUCGCUUGUACAUGCUCUCUUUGAGCUUGGCUCAGUUGCGGUAGGUCGACUUGUGAAGAAGGACAUGUCGGAGCCAAUCCUGACAACCCUUUCGCCACUCAUCGAAGAAGAUAUCGAAUGCUUGAUCGAGAACGUCUUGCCUUUUGCUGAAGACGUCCGGUCAUACCGUUUCCCGCCUUUGGACAAAGUGCUCACUGUUUCCGGCAAGGAGUUGACGGAACAUCGAAACCUGCCAAAUGCCAUGCUAUUGAAGAGCAUGAGUGACUUUGUUGACGGCAUGAGCCUGGUCCAUGAUGACGACGAAUUGAUGGCUAUGGAUGACACAUUCUCGCCGGCUCUGCAUACUAUCGAGGGAGCGAUCAAAGACCGAGCAGUCAAGCCUGAUAGUCAAGCAGGAUUGAAGAAAGGCGAGGAGUUUGUGGAGAAGUACGCAAAGCAGCCUAAGGACCUCCAGGAGCAGAGCAAGGAAAAUCUGGCGAGGUUGAUUGCGGCCGCCGACGUGAAGAAGGUUCCCAGCAAAGCAAAGGGACGACGCAGAUAUCGCGAAGCCGAAAAACCGAUAUCCGGCCUUAACGUCCAAGAACUGUUCCGCAAGGAAGACCGAUCUAAUAUCUCCCCUGACAAUGCGGUUGCCGGAUUCAAGCAGAUGAUGGAAGGAGAAAAGAAUAUGGAACGCAUCAAAGACACUAUGCAACAGAUGUCCGCGAUCAUCCAAGAGCACGUCCGCACGAGUUACGGAGAGGCCAAUUAUAACAGAGUGCUUGAGGAACUCGGGCUGCUUCGUGAAGAAAUGCUGGGCUUGGAGGAACCCGGUCUUUACAAUGACGUUCUGCGUCAGUUGAAAAAGAGGCUCGUUGCAAAAGAGCUUGGUGGAGACCGAGCGAAGCUGGGCUAUUUGAUUCGAAAGCACAAGCUUAGCUUAAUCGACAAUGAGGCCUCGGAGUUCUCGGACGUAAGCACAGCAGAUGCCGAUACCUUUAUGAUUAUCAAGUCGGAAACUUGAUGUGGACGUCAUGUUGACAAUAUGCUGUCGGCUGGAUGUUGAUGUCCUUGCACGUCCCC